CUGCGGACGUUGGCCUGGCGGUUUCCGGGAUACCGGCGCCGGAGUCGUCCCGGGCGUAACGGCCUCUCGGGAGCGCGGUGAGGGAAACGUGCCGUUGCUGUCCGCGCGGCAGCGCCUGGUGCUAGCGGUCCGCUGCCCUCGGUUUACCUCUGGUACUUUGUAAGAAUCCCUGCAAGUCAGAGAGUGGCUUGUUAUGCUUCUUCUUAGGAGCAAGGUCAGAGGGAAACAGAUAUGGCCAGCAACCACAGGCCUCCAACAGCACGUCCAUCUUCAAGAGGAGGAAUCGGGCUGACAGCAAGGCCUACCUCUUCGUUACGGACUCCAUCAACAACCAGAAUAGGAACAGGGCUGCCUCCUAGUACAUCAAGACCUGGUUCUCGUGGUGGUUCUUCAAGUACUGGAGGAGUUUUGUCAUCUCAGAUUAAAGUUGCAGACCGUCCAGUUACGCAACAGGGAUUAAGUGGAAUGAAAAUUGGAAUGAAAGGUCCUCAGAGACAGAUAAUGGAUAAAACUUAUUAUCUUGGACUACUGAGAAGCAAAAUAAAUGACCUCACGGCAGAAAUUAACAAGCUGCAAAAAGAAGUGGAAAUGUACAAGCAAGAAAAUUCUGUCUAUCUGUCAUAUGAGAAAAGGGCAGAGGCUCUAGCUGGUGAAAUCAAAGAAUUUCAAGGUCAGCUAGCAGACUACAACAUGCUCGUGGAUAAACUUAACACCAAUACUGAUACAGCAGAAAUGAUUAGUGAUUUCAAUAUGCUGAAGGUUCAGAAUGACCGGGAAGCUCAGAGUGUGGAUAUAAUUUUCACAGAAAAACAAGCCAAAGAAAAGUUAAUUCAAGCUGUGGACGAAGAUAUUGAACGUCAAAAAAAAGUAGCAGACGACAUAAUAAAAGACAUGUCUCACGAAAAUCAGGCUAAAUAUAUGGAGAUGAAGGCUGCAAACGAAAAACUCUGCCAGGAAUUGGUUAUUCAACAGCAGGAACUAGAUGUGCUGAAUAUAAAGGAGGAGACUCUAAGAGCUGAAACUGCACAUUCGCAGGUGAAGCAGGAGGCUGUGAAGUUGUAUGAAAAGCUCCAUGAUCUUGAGGAACAUCGAAAUCAAAUGAUUACCGAAGACAAGAACAUGGGUUCUCCACAAGAGGAAAGAGAGAGAUUACUAAAGCAGGUUAAAGAAGAUAAUCAAGAAAUAGCAAGCAUGGAAAGACAACUAACAGAAGUAAAGGAAAAGACAAACCAUUUUAGAAAAGUCAUUCAACGCCUUGAUAUGGAUCUGGAGGAUCAUCAAGGAGAAGAAAAUUGGAAAUACAAUGAGCUGAAGAAGAGAGAAGAAAGCAUGGACAGUUUUCUUGAGACUUUUGAAGAAGUAAAGAACCAGGAAUUAGAACGAAAGGCCCAAACAGAAACCAACAUUAUUGCACUCUUGGAGCACUCAAGUAGGAAUGUGAAUCGUAUGAAACAAAUUUCAUCUGUUACCAAUCAAGAGCUGAAGAUUAUGCAGGAAGACCUCACUUUCAAAUCAAGUGAAAUGCAGAAAUCACAGAGCACUGCUAAGAAUCUGAGUACAGAGAGUCAAAGACUGCAAAUGGAUCUGCAGAAGAUGGAACUCUUGGAGGGCAAGAUGGUUGAUGAACUGGCUUCUCUUAAAGACAAAAUUGAACAAACUAAAAAGGAGUUGGAGAUUUAUAAUAAUUUGCCAGCUCUGAAAGCAGCUGGAGAAGAGAAGAAAAAGAAACUUCAGGAUGACAAAGAAAAUUUGACAAAACGUAGCCGUGCUUUCAAGAAAAUAAUGGAACGCUUGAAUUCAGAGUAUGAGACUCUAAAGAAACAGCUGCAGGAGAAUGAGACUCAUUCUCAGCUUACAAAUUUGGAGAGGAAGUGGCAGCACCAUGAACAAAAUAACUUUAUGAUGAAGGAAUUCAUAGCAACAAAAAGUCAGGAGAGUGACUACCAGCCAGUCAUGAAGAACGUGAGAAAGCUGAUCACAGAAUACAACAGAGCUCUCAUAGAAUCUUUACAGAACCCCAAGAACUGAGCCCAGGCACCUCCUUCUUUUGGAGUGGACCAGCAAUGAGAGAUAUGCACAAAUAGCAUGGAAAGCUUAUUUGGUCCCCCAAGCUUAUUCGCUCACCAGUAAUGUGAUAGGUGCUCUUAAAAGUAUAUGUCCAUGUUUUUAGAAAUUACAGGUUUUAAUAAUAUUCCUUCUUUUAGAAAUGUUAAAUGAGAAUAUUUAGAAAUGAAUAUAUAUUGCAUAUUAUAUGUAAAACCAUAAGAAAAUUUUACUUAGGCCCAUUGCUGGAUUUGUCUUUGGGGUGCAGUCUGCUUUACACAAUGACUUUGUGUAAUUGUCUUAUAGCCCGGUUACUCCAUAACAGAAUGGAAGUCUUCCCUAGAAAAGGACUGUUCAGGCUAUUAUACACAUUGAUCUUGAAAGAAAUUUUUAAACAAGAAAGCGUUUUUUCUGCUAGCAUGUAUAAGGAUACCUUCUCUAGUUUAAAUAGCGAUUUAUAACAAUGAAGAACAACAUCUAAGGACAACAAGCACCUCUUAAAUUAGAACUCUUUCAUAUUAUGAAAUCUCAGGCAAAAAUAAACAUGUUAAGGAUGUAUCAAUGAAUUUUCAAUUUCUAAGGGAAAAAUUUCUGGAGAAAGGGAGAUUAAUUUCUGGGGCAUUGUCUUAUUUUAUAUGUUUUUAAUAUGAUUAUAAGGACAAUUGCAAUAAAAUGUAGUGAAACACAUAGCUAGUACUGACUUUGUGCACUGCAUUUUAGUUUUACUGUAUUCACCAAUAAAAAGUAAAAAGAAAAA